AUGAAUAAAAAAUUACAAUUAAUCACCAAUCAUAACUAUUCCGUAAUAAAUUACCUUAAAGUAUUCCACAAGAAACUACAACUCCUAGAUACAAUCAUUUAGCCUCAAUCUAAUUAAUUAAAUGCACAACUCACUUUUAUUUCUCCUUUAAUUUAGAUUUACUCCUUAUUCGACUCGUCCAAUUUAUUUUAUCUAACCGAAGACCAAGAAACAAUUAAUAUAUUAUUAAAUAGUGAUUCAAAUACUAAUGGAUGCACAUAAUGGUUUCAUUUUUAAGUUAGAGCAUUAAAACCUACAGUAACAAUAAAAUUUAAAAUAUUAAAUAAUAGGAGAAGUAAGUAAUUAUUAACCAAUUCUAAACCUUAUACUUCCAAAUCAACAUGUUUUGAUUUGCAUUACUAUAGAACCAAUAUUCAUCAUCCCUACUAUGCAAAUGAUGAUUAAUAUAUAUCCCAAUAUUAAAAAUUAAUGGCAUUUUACACUCUUGAAUUUAAAUUCACUUUUACUGAUGAUGAUAUAAUUACUUUUGCUUAUGCUGAACCCUAUCCUCUCUCAAGAGCACUUUAAUUGAGAGAUCAUAAGACUAUUGGACAUACAUAAUUAAAUAAUCCAAUUAUAUAAAUUAAAAGAGGUAAAGCAAAAUAAUAUGUUGUAAUAUUGGCUAGAUAACAUCCUAGUGAAACUAGUGGAUCAUUUGUAGUUGAAGAAUUAAUUAAUAUAAUAGACUCAUCUAAAUAUCGUUAUAUUAUAUAUCCAAUGGUAAAUCCAGAUGGAGUAUUCUUAGGUAAUAGUAGAUGUAAUUUACAUGGAGUUGAUUUAAAUAGAAAAUGGAUCAAUCCAUAAUUCUCAUCAGAACCAGAAGUUUAUCUGAUUAAAUAAUCUUUAGAAAAAUAUAAAUAGAAAAUUGUAAUGAUGGUUGAUUUGCAUGGUCAUUCAACUUAAUAAAAUUAUUUUAUUUUUGGAUGUGCUAAUAAUGAAAAUAAUAAUAAUGAAAUUAAGAGUUUUAUUGCUUAAUUUUAAAAUCACUCUUUAUUUAAUCUAAAGUGUUGUUCCUUAGAAACAUAAGCUAAUAGAAAAAAUACUGCUAGAUAAACAUUUUGGUAUCAAUACAAAGUGUAAUUUUCAAUUACUAUUGAAAUAAGUCUUUUUGGGACUGAAAAUGGUAGAUUUACUAAUACAGAUUAUAAAGAGAUUGCUAAACAAAUAUUUAAUUCAAUUGAAAAUUGCAAUGAGCCAAUCUCUGAUCAAAUAUAAUUACCUAUGAUUGAAAAUCUAGGUAAUGAUUAGAAUGAUUCUGAGAGUGAAUGCGAUGAAGAUUUUGUACUUGAUAUGGUAUUAAAGAAAAAUAAAUAUUAUGAUAAUAAGAGAUUUUUGAUUAAAUAAAAAACUGUAUAAGGAGAGACUUAAUGUUUAUAAUAGUCAGAAUAAGAUCAGAAAUUAAAAUAAUUAUUAUUACCAAAAUUAAAAACAAUUAAAUCAAUGACAAAAUCAGAACAUAAAUAAUAAACUAAAAUGGAACAUGAAAAUUAGGUGAAAUUAAAAUAAGAUUCAUUUUAGAAGAAUUUUAAUAUUAUAAAUUAUUUUCCAUAAAGAAAUACUUAACCUAAAAGAAUGAGUUCUAUAAAAAAAGAAUUCAAUUUAAAUAAAAACCCUCAAAUAAAAGUUGAGUAAUUGAAAAAAUAUUUAAUUAUAUGA